AUGAGUAUAAACACGACUAGAUUUCACAUAAAUGGCGCUUGUCGCGAAACCUACAGUAACCCGAAAAGUUUAAAAGCGCAGUAUCUCAAUCAGGAGUGGUCCAAAAAACGGAAUUCCCGUGGAGCCAUGGAUGAAAGAGCCAUCUCCACCGAUCGACGACUCCAACCAGACUACAGUGAUCCCAUCGGAGCCAAUGCCUC